AUGCCAACAAAACGCACAGGAGCGCAACCGGAGCCGCCUCAUGAACCUUGCACCAGCGGAGCGCACGAGUCCCCGAGUCCGAGUGCCGCCACCCACAGGGAGCACGUGCAAGCGACUAGCCAUGAACAAUCUUCCGGGACUGUUGCGAGCUCGAGCACCGCCAUUUCGACGCAGCAGUCACCGGUAAUAGCCCAGGAACCGGGAGCGACGUAUUCGGAAAGGGCAGCGUUUCAGCCCAGCGGAACAGUACUGGUGCCGCUUCAGCAAGUUCAGUGCUUCGUGUGUGGGUCGCAUCUGAGCUACCGACCCGGAAGUGCCUGGAUACUCUGCCCGGGGUGUCUUAUGGUGCUCAAUCUGCAACCAUUGCUGGACCCGAGAGCCUUCGCAGGCUUCACGGUCUGCCCCGGCUGCCAGUUUAUGAUCUAUUUUCCGCUGGACAGUGGACGCACAACUUGUGCGUACUGCUCGCUCAGUAUCGAAGUGACGCCUCCGCAACAAAUCAGCUGCGCAGUGUGUCGAGCGUGCCUCUUGUACAACGCCCCUUCCGCCUCGCCCAUUAUGUGCCUCGUGUGUCAGACUGUGAUGCAACCAGAUGGGCAACCCAUUCAGUCACCCUAUGUUUCACAACAAGCUGCUCCGGGGGCGGCACCGGGGCCCACGGGUUUGGUGGCACCGCUGGGAGCCUCAACAGGAGUGCAGCCGCUGCAAGCAGCCGCCGCAUCGCAAAUGUCGCCUUUCGGAGCGCUUCCGUACCAACCCCAACCAAUUGCAUCGCACCUGGAAACGCCGACACCUUUUAUGUCCCAGAGAUUAACCCGGGCGACGCAGCCUGCGACGCAUGAGCAGUUCCAAGUGUCGGGUGCUGGCGUCCCCGGCGGUGCAUCGGUGCGUACAUACCGCAGAAGAGCGGGUUUCCAACCAAGCGCAGGCGCAGCUGUCGGUAGGACGUCAACGCUAGUGCCUUCUUCAGCGCUGCGCUCGACUGAGCAUGAACAUAGUGGGCGUGGAGGCAGACCCGUAUCACCGAGUGCUGUGCGACACGCGGAACUCACGGCUGAAGCGCCCACAGAAACAUCAUCAGAACAGCCGCGUACCGUACCCGCCAGAUCGGCGCUCACGUCGCCCGCAGUCGAGACGAGCGCUACCACAGAGAGCACCGGCUUUCCCCAGCGGCAAGCAGUCUCCACUUUACCCACCAGAGGCACGAGCAACUCUAAUGAAAGUGCAAGCUCAGGUACCUCCGCAGCGUCAGCGGUAUCGCCCCCGUCGAUUGCACCGGCGAGUUAA